AUGUCGGGAUGUGAUAACGACAAGAUAGAUUACAUAUUUUAUGGUACCAUUAUUACUAUGAAUGAGAAAUAUCCUGAAGCUGAAGCUCUAGCUAUCAAGGAUGACAGGAUUUUUGCUGUUGGUACUAAGAAAGAGAUCAAGCAGCUUGAGACAACAAGUACACUAGUCGUAAAACUAGGAGAUCAAGUUCUCAUGCCUGGUUUGAUCGAAGCUCAUACCCACGCGAUCGAUAUGGUGGAUUUAAAGACUACUUUUAAAGACAUCAAUGGCUAUGACUACCAUACGCAUGCACGAAGCAGUCGAGACAUUAAUGACAAAUGA